AUGCUUCUGAGUACUGUCACAUUGGCCCUCCUGGCUCUAGCAGGCGGCACACUCGGCCAGACCAACCCAACAUGCCCGCUCCUUGGCCCUGUCUUUCCUCCCGUUCAAAAAGGCCUGGCAAAGUCUGCAGCCGUGAAGAGUGCAGUUGCAAGACUGACAGACGAGUUGAACGAGGUUGUCAAAAAAGGAACUGAUACCACCUUGUACGUCCAGGCCUUUUCGGGGACAGACAAGAUCUUCGGCUAUGGGUACGCCCCGCCAAGCACAUCUGGCUCGUUGACAUCGGGAACUCUGGAUGAAAACACCGUGUUCCGUAUCGGGAGCGUCUCGAAACUCAUCACUGUCUACGCGCUGUUGGCUGAAGUUGGCAUGGAACGGCUCAACGACCCUGUCACCAGAUGGGUUCCUGAACUGGCCAGGGCCAUGAAUCAUCGAGACGGCCCGGUUAAGAGCCCACGAUGGAGUGAGAUGACUAUCGGCCAACUCGCUAGCCAUAUGUCAGGAAUAGAACGGAACUUUGGACUUUUUGACGUUGGCCUCUUGGUUAAGGCCUCGGGCGCGAAUCCUGAGGAACUCGGUUUGCCAGCUCUCAAGGUCCAAGAUCUACCAAGUUGCGAUCUCUCAGUUGGCCACAAGGCUUGUACUCGAAAAGAAUUCUUUCAAGGCAUCACCGACAGAAAUGCUUUGGCGUUGACAUCGACCUCCAACACGCCCAUCUAUUCCAACGCGGCAUUCCAGAUCCUGGGAUAUGCCCUGGAGGCCAUGACCAAUAAGACAUUUGAACAAUCUCUCCAUUCAUCGCUGCUUGAGCCGCUGGGGCUGGACCGCACAUCCUUGGAGGCGCCAAAGAACAGGAGCAAUGCCAUAAUUCCCGGCAACGAGACCACCUCGUGGUGGGAUAUGACUUUGGCCGGCGCAAGCCCUUACGGUGGCAUGUUCUCGACGGCAGCCGACCUGACAACCCUUGGACAAACCAUCCUUCGCUCAUCCAUCCUCCCUGCCAACGAGACUCGGGCCUGGCUCAAACCUCUCUCGCAUACCUCGGAGCUGCAAAUGUCCAUCGGAAUGCCGUGGGAGAUCCGACGAGUACUGCUGCCCACCUCUCUCAAGUCCAACAAGACUCGCGUCGUCGACCUCUACACGAAAAAUGGCAUGCUGGGACUCUACAGUGCCUUUUUUGUUCUUUCGCCCGAUCACGACUUUGGCUUUGUCAUUUUGCUUGCCAGCGAAUCUUCGGGCCUUGACAUGUGGCCUGUUCUUCCUAGCCUCAUGACCGACACGCUGCUCCCUGCCGUCGAGGAGGCCACAAGGGAAGAGGCCAAAAGAAGAUUCGCAGGCUCGUACCAGAGCGCAAGCGGAAAAUUGGAGGUCGGAGUCGACAGGGACCUCCCAGGCCUGUCAGUCCGGAGCUGGACCAGAGGCAAAGUCGAUGUUCUGAAGACGUUCGAGAUGGCUUUCGGUAUGGGAUUCGGCGGGCUCCGACUCUACCCCUCAGGGCUGGAAGGAAACGGUAAGAUCAGAUUCAGAGGCGUUUAUGAAAACGAGAGGGAGGUGUCUAUGCCGGGUAGCGUCGAUCCCUGGGCUGAUCUUUGCAUGUCAUGGGGCGGCGUGGAUGCUCUCAAGUACGGCGGCAUUGGCAUUGACGACUUUGAGUUUGAGUUGGAUGGAGGCGGCAAAGCAACUGGGAUCAGGCCUAGGAUUCUCUUCCGGACACUUCUCUCCGUGCUCGAUGAGACGCUGCAGAAUGUCGACACGGCUGGAAGCCCUUCCGAUCUGUUUAUGGUAUCGCCACUGGGCCAGGCCCCCUUCCACAACGGCGGCUCGUUCCGGUACCUCUUCCAGCGCUGCAUCCGUACGCUGUCGGGCUCCAAGCUCAUCGGCGUCGGAGGGCCGGGCGCAAGGCAGGUGAACCGCAUCGCCGAAAAUAACGACGGCCAGACACUGCAGCACAUAUUCAGCGGCGGCAAUAUAUACAUCGUGUGCUCGCAGGGAACACCUACGCAGACCUUCUUGCUCAAAAGCCUAGGCAUCCGCGCCGAGAAUGUACUGACCGGCAGCGACUGGCCCUUUACCGGCAAGGAUGACGUCGCGCCGACGCUUAACGAGAUGUACGGGCCGGAGAAAAGCGGCAUGUACACGCCGCAGGAAGUCGAGAUGAUCCGCAUAGGCAGCGCCCUGAGGUUAACGCUGAGACUGAAGGCAGAGUACGUCAAGAAGGGUGGAUCAAGGAGCAGCAGAGAAAGGCAAGAUAAGGAGGGAGCCGUGUUCUCGCUUCCGACGCAGAAGUCUCUGGGUAUAUAA